UCCUCCCCACUCCCUCCCUAUCUAAAUUACAAGUUCAGAGAGUUUUUGUAGCAACCAUGUUGUCUACUGUUCCCGCCAUGCUUGCCUCUGACUCCCUCCUCCAUUUCCCUGCUUUCGACGGGGGAUUUACCCCCGGCGGCGGCGGCUUCACGCCGUGGGAUUGCUCGGAACUUUUUCCAGCAAUUCAAUCCCCGAAACCCACAAUCUCAACCCUGAGUUCUGGUCCGGUCCAGUCUCCAAAACCGGUCAUUUCGAGUUCCGGUUCAGAUGACGACCCAAAUCGGUCGGUUGAACCGGUCCGGAUGAACCGGACCCAUGCCAAUGCGAAGUCAUGCCCAAAUGAUGCCUCGAACCGGGCGGUUUCUGUGGUGGACGAGAGGAAGAGGAGGCGGAUGAUAUCGAACCGGGAGUCGGCGAGGCGGUCUCGGAUGCGAAAACAAAAGCACUUAGAAAACCUAAGGAACCAGGUGAACCGGCUUAGGAUUGAGAACAGGGAACUGAAGAACCGGUUGAGUUACGUUUUGUACCAUUUUCAGCGGGUUCGGACCGACAACGAUAGGCUCCAAUCCGAACACGUCCUGCUCCGACAGAAACUGUCGGACAUACGUCAAAUUUUGGUUUACCGGCAACUACAGCACAUGUCUUCUGCAUGGCCAUGCAACACCGUUAUUCCGGAACAAACCCCAUCAUUAAUUGCGUAAUUUAUUAGAAUAUGAAUAUUAUUAAGAGAAAAAUAACCUCAUUAAUUUCGGAAAACAAGAACAAAGAGCUAGCCAUGCACUUCUCUCUCUCUCUGUGUCUCUGUAAAUUAUAUAUAAAAGCUGCUAAAGUAAAUGGUGGGGUGUUUUUUUGGGAAAAAGAAAAGUGGGGUUUGGAAAAUGAUGGUUUUCGUGUGGAAAACCUUGGGUUUCUUUUAUAAUUAUAUAUUUUGUAAAAAAAUUAGGCAAUGUUUUGUUUAUGGAAGCAUUUUGUAGUAUGUUAU